ACACACACACCCCCACUAAACACACACCCCCACUAAACACACACACCCCCACUAAACACGGACACGCACACGAGAAGAUCCGUACCUCGCUCGUGAGCGCCGCACACUGCAACGUGGUCGGGGUUCACGCGGUCGGGGUUCACCUGGUCGGGGGUUCACGUGGUCGGGGGUUCACGCGGUCGGGGUUCACGUACCACCCCCUGCACGCGCGCGCCGCUCUUUAACAGCUCGGUGUUUUUGCCCUCGGGGCUGAUGAGGACCCCUGCCGCUCCGAGGACAAGCAGGACACCGGCCUUGGCGGGUCGGCCCGACUCCCAGAGCCGAGGUCGUCCGCCUGCUUGACGCGCUACGCGACACCCUGGGAAGAUUUACCCCGAGGGGGAGGCCGACCAGGCGCGAGCGGGGGGGGGUCCCUGCGGGAGCACGAUUCUCGUUCAACACCAAAUCGACACGGGUGCCGCCCGACCCCGUUGGGCUCCCCGCGUACCGGGUGGGCGCGCCCGAGCGGGCCCAGGUUACAGAGGCAGUCGUGGAUGCGCUACGCGACGACACAAUCCAGCCCUCGGCGAGGCCCUGGUCUGCCCCGGUCGUGCUGGUGACGAAGGAGGACGGGUCUGAAGGUGAACGCGGUCACCCUCGGCGACGCCUUCCCCAUCCCCCUCAUCGACGACACCUUUGACAGCCCCUCGCAGGGUCGCGGUAAUUUUUCCACCCUCGACCUAGCGUCAGGGUACUGGCCGGUGGGGAUGGCGGGAGGAGGAUCGGCCAAAGACCGCGUUUACCACCCCGAUGGGACUGUUUUGAGUUCCAGGUGCUCCCGUUCGGACUCGCUAACGCGCCGGCGACGUUCGAUGGAAUUGGUGCUGCAGGGCUUGAAAUGGGAACAGUGCCUGAUUUACCUGGACGCCGUGAUAGUGUUCAUUAGGUCCCUGUCCGAGCACUGGUCCAGGUUACGGGAGGUGUUCCAACGAUCGCGGGCAGCCCAUCUCGAGCUCAAGCCGCGUGUCAUUGCGCAGCGCGAGGUUGGGUAGCACCCCGCACACCGCGUCAGCGAGGCGGGGGGGGAGGGGUGAGCACCGACCCGGAGAAGGUUCGCGCCGUAGUGGAAUGGCCAAGACCGAGGCACCUGACGGAGAUCAGGUCGCUCGUGGGGCUAGCCACUUAUCGUCGCCGGCUUGUGAAGGGAUUCGGCGAGGUUGCACGCCCCCUCACCCAACUCGCUUCCCCUAAGAACCCCUAUCGGUGGACGCAGGACCACCUCGCCCAUACCCCCCCGACCCCGACCCCGGCUUUCCCACCGAUUUUAUUUUGGACACAGACGCCUGCGGGCAGUGGGCUGGGCCGCGGUGUUGUCACAGGUGCAGGGUGGCACGGAGCGGGGUCAUCGCAUUCGCCAGCCGGACCCCCGAGCGGGGCCCCGAGCUGAAUUAUUGCGUGACCCCUUCAGGAGCUGUAUGCCGUGAUUUUCGCGCGGAAGCAGUUCCGGCCGCAUCUUGCACGGCAGAAAAUGUCCGACCACUAUGCCCUGCAGUUCCUCCUCAACAUUCGAGGAACCGCGGGGGGGGGUCAGAUGGCCCCGGUGGCUGACGCAGCUGCAGGAGUACAACCUGCAGAUCGAGUGCAGCGCCGGGCGUACGCACGCGGACGCAAACGCAAAUGCGGAAGCUUUGUCGAGGCAACCCACGGAGGCGAGGGAGGAGGAGGAGGAGGCCUGCCCGUGCCUCACGGGGGGCACGCUGCCGACAGGCAAACAGCCCCGCUGGAGCGCCCCCCCCCCGAGACUCGCCCCCCCCCUCCGCUGGGAGAAGGUUUUGUGUGUGCCACGGAGGUCCCUGCAGAAGGAGCCAGGGACCCCGACGGGCCGCUCCGGCCCCGCCCGGUCGGAUCCAAGAGGACGUCGGCUGUGCGUUGCCGGGCCUGGACGACGAGCAGCCGGGACGGGCCCCCGGCGGGCCUGCGGGAGGAAAAGGUCGCCCUGCAGGGACCCUGGAGCGGUUUGUACGCCCGGAUGCGUGUAGAGAACAGGGUGCUAACCGAAGCCGGGCAGCCGGGGUGCAUCUGUGUCCCCGCCCAGGUGCGGCCCCGGCUGGUGCACGACCACCCGCUCGGGGGCCAUGACGGGGAACGGCGCACUCGGGAGACCCUGCGUCGCCAGUAUCUCUGGCCCAAACUGGCACAAGGCGUGGCCGCCUGGGUGCAGUGCUGCCGCGCUUGUCAGCAGUGUGGGCAGAAAUCGGUGCGGUAUCAGGUGCCUCCGAGUCCGAUCCGUGUCAGCCGGGCGGACCAGCUAGUUGGGAUCGACCUGCAGGGGCCAUUCCCACAAACCCACCGAGGCGACCGGUACAUCCUCGUGGCGGUGGAGUAUUUCACGCGCUACCCAGUGGCCAGCCCAGAUAAAACUGCCCUUGUGGUCACCCGGGCAUUUGUGGAACAUUACGUACUUAAACAUGGGAUCCCCGAACGAGUCAUUACUGACCAGGGUAGUGCGUUCGAGACAGAGCUGUUGCAGGCGCUGUGCCGGGAGUUCGGAAUCCAGAAGGACCACACUACGGCAUACCACCCCCAGGCAAAUGGUGGAGCGUACAAACAAGACCUUAGCCGGGAAGCUCAAACGUAUGGCGGCCGCCAAUCAACAGGAUUGUGACGAACACCUCCCCCGAUGCCACCACGGCACACACAUCUACGGGACAGACCCCGUUCCGAAUGAUGUUUGGUCGUGAGUCUCGCCUACCAGCAGAUCUGUUGUUUGGCGUUCCCCCGCCGCAACGGGAGGAAGGGAGCCAGCCCGUGGAGCACCCGAUGGGGACCCUGCGAAGGGCCCGUGGCCGGGCCUACCAACAGGCGGAGGCCGCACAUCAGCGGCAAGAGCAGGGCAUGCAGCCCCGUGUGGAGCCCCCCUCUAUUCGGCGGGCUCUAAGGUUCGAAUGCACACCCCGCGCGUAGGGGCCGGACAGGUGAGGAAGCUGACCACCUACUGGCGCGGACCCUGGACUGUGGUGCGGCAGAUCCCCCCCCUGGACGGUGAUGAUCCAGGGCGGGGAAAGGGGCCGAGAGACGGUGGUCAACGUCCGCAGAUUUAAACCAUGGAGGGCGGCCCCGGCGAGAGAGACCCCAGCCCUUCGGGUACCCCGAAACCCCGGAGGACGUGGAGCUGAGUGGACUUGCCGAUGACUGGUCCCAGCGGUGUCA